AUGGCUCGCUUCACCACCACCAUCGUCUCCGCCGCUCUGGCCGCCCUGGUCUCGGCCCACGGUUCCAUCACGGACCCGCCCGCCCGUCAGGCCGGCUCCGCCUACGAGGCCGCCUGCGGUCAGCAGCCCUUCAACCAGCAGAGCGCGGACAAGAACGGCAACAUCCAGGGCAUCGAGCAGGUCGUCGGCGACGACUUCAACGCGGCCGAGUGCAACCUCUGGCUCUGCAAGGGCUUCCAGUUCGACGACAACACGGACAACGUGCAGACCUUCACGGCCGGCGAGACCGUCCCCAUCACCGUCGGCAUCACCGCCCCGCACACGGGCGUGGCCAACGUGUCGGUGGUCCAGACGUCGACCAACUCCGUCAUCGGCAGCCCCCUCAUCAGCUUCACAAACUACGCCUCCAACGCCGGCAUGGACGCCAACAACACCAACUUUGACGUCACCAUCCCCACCGACCUGGGCAGCCAGUGCGCCACCGCCGGCGACUGCGUCCUCCAGUGGUUCUGGGACGCCGCGGACAUCAACCAGACCUACGAGUCCUGCGUCGACUUUGUCGUCAGCGGCUCCGGCUCCGGCACCGGCUCCGGCUCCGCCUCUUCUGCUGCUGCCUCCGUCGCCUCUUCUGCUGCUGCCUCCGUCGCCCCUGCUUCCGCCGUCCCCGCCGCCGUCACCACCACCCCCGCUGCUACGCCCACGACUUUCGCUACAGUCACCAGGUCCACCACCGCUGCCGCUGCCGAAGCUACUGACGACUGUGACGACGAGGACGUCGACGAAGAGGACGCCACUACUACCACCACUGCCGCCGCCGCCGCCGAGCCUACCGAUGAAUGCGAUGAUGGGGAGGAGGAGGACCAGACUGAGCUCGACGAUGACUGCGAGUAA